AAAGUAGACAAGGCGGAGAUACAAGUUUUGGGACUUCACUUUGUUGAGUCAGUGUGCCGGAGCAAGUCACAACAGAACCUCCAGGAGCCUACAAGCAGUCAGCAAGAUGUGCCUGUUCAGCUUUCUGAGUGCGGUCAUCACCAGAUUUUUAUUCAUCCUGGUCUCUCUGAUCGCAGUCUUCAGAGUGGUGUGGGUCCAAGACAACAACUAUUACUGGCUCCUGACGCUCCUUUUUUUGCCGCUGAUGAUUGAAAUGAUCAUCACCCUGAGGCGCCAGGAUGGGAAGGAUUACAAAUGGUUUUCUCCCACAAUCUUUUUAUUCCUUAUAAGUAUCAUUCCCUCCAUCUGGAUCCUGGAGCUUCACCACCAGGAGAACAAAGAUGCAGACAACCAGUGUAACCGUACAGAUUAUGCAAAGAGUUUGGACAGGAUUAUCCGCCCGAACACAAGUUUACAAAACCUCCCUGGUGACAUAACAAAGAAUGUGAAUGAGGCGUUCUGCCCAAACAAUUGGAUCUUGGCUCUUCAUCAGAUCCUGCUCAUCCUCCUCAUUAUAGGGAAGUGGCUUCUCCCUUUAGGAGAUGGAGUCACAAGAGACCAGCUGGCUCAGCUUCUGCUCAUCUUCGUAGGAACAGCAGCAGACAUCCUGGAGUUUACCAGUGAGACGCUGGACGAUCUCAAUAAAGACAACAGUCCUAUUAUGGUCUACAUCAUCUUGGCCGUGUGGACGUGGAGCAUGCUGCAGUUUCCCUGUCAUUUUGGAGUGGUGAACUCCAAGAGUAUCGAUGAGAAAAACUAUGGUAUCCGUAAAGAGUCGCUGGUGUCUGAAUACAGCACUGACCUGUGGGACAUCGUGGAGACGUUGUUCAUCCAGGACGGCCCAUUUCUGGUGGUCCGAAUCACCGUCAUGGUUUACUUCGGCCUUUUUCACCAGAUGCUUAUUUUCUUUACAGUUAAGAAUUUCCUGGUGGUCAUUCUGAGCCUGUAUCGGCUGGCUGUGAUAUGCCAGGACUCCAAAUCUUCCAGGCGUGAGCUUGUGGAGGUCAACAAUGACCCACAAGUCCAAGUGGACAUAACUGAGAGUGAUGAAGAUGAGGACUGUGGAGUAAGGCUGUCGUAAUAGCAGAAGAUCGGUAAAAAUAGAAAAGGAAGUAGUGAAAUCAGCAAAAUCACGAUUAACAUGAGCAUUCAGUGACUGGUCCUGUAUGAAUGCAUGCUUUUGGUUUUAUUUUGUACUCUCAGCCAUUGAAUCAAACAAAAUUUGAACCUCAGUCUGAUAAAAUAAGUCAAAUUACCAAAGAAAAUGCAGUUUUGUUCAAAAAUAAAACAAACAGCACAGCAGAGGAAGGGCACAGAACUGGAAAAAUGUCCAGAUCUGUGUUAACUGUGCUGCAGAAGAGGAAAAUCCAAUUUCACACAAAUAAAAUAAUAAGUAUAACAGCAGCCAUAAAAAAACAUGUUCACAGUAUCGUGUCCAAAAGAAAGUCAUAAAAGACAGUAGAAGACAAUGUAUCUUCAGAAAUGCACUCGUUGUGUUAUCAUGUCACAUUAAAAUUCUGUUUGUGUUUACAUAUACAGCAUUUUAUCUGGGCCAGUUUCCGAGAACAUGUUGCUCAUUUUCUUUCCCUUCAGAGAGCGAAACAAUUAAUAAUACAGUGAAAGCAUCUCAUUUUUGAGCAGAUUUCACAUGACUGAAUUAAACUCAAAGCACUUGUUCUGUUUCUGUACACAUGACACAACAUGUCAUCAUUCCAUGAGAACUCUGUUUGGCUGGGAGACGGUGUGGGUGGCGUGGGACUCGGAAACAAAAAUGUUUGCAGAAACUAAGCCUUUGACAUCUGUUUCUAUGUGAAAAAAGUCAUAGUCAACAUUUUCCUUUUAUACUGUUUUAAAGUUGUCUGAAUUAAUUCAACCUGCGUGACUAUGUAUGAUGUACAAACAUGUGCAUCCUAACCUCUUGGCAUUUUCUGUAAUGUACCUUCAUGUUUCUGAGUAUGAGUCUAGUUUGAGUUGUGCAGGUGUAAACCUCAAACUUUUGCAUUUCUUCUUUGACUUUAAUUCAAAUCAUCUGAUCUGCAACUGCAAAUGUAAAAAUGUCCUCCACAUAUCAAUAUUCCAUCAUCACAUUCAUCCUGCCCACUGACAACAGGAAGUUUCUUGUUUCAUCAGGGACAUCUCUGACAUUCUGUGAUGUGUUAUAAUGGAUCAUCAGUGCCCCUAGCAUAAAUUACAACAUCAAACUUCCACCAAACUUUCACCGGUGAAAAGUUGAACAAAUGUGCAAUUCUUAUUAAAACAUGUUGAUUUGUAAGGAAUGAGCUUUGUGAUGAAGGUGGUGAAGGUUUUUGUUUACACUGAAGUGGCUGGAGUGAAACAAAAACAAAUCAAAACAAAUAAGAAUGCUGUAUUAAUGCAGGAAAAGAUUAAAUAUUUUAUGUCUUUGUGACUUUAGCCUUAACAUGUAUUAAAUAUCUUCUUAAAACAUUCAUUUAUUAUUGUAUUAUUGUGUAAUUAAAGUGUAUAAUUGUAAAAUAUUGUAAUUAUUGUGUAAAGCAGUAUUUACUGGGAAUGAUUAAUAAAAACAAAAACUAGAAUUAAACCUGAGUUACAUGGAAAUAACUGUUUAAGAUCUCAGAAA